CAAUACAGGUCUUCCGCGAGAGACGACUCAACGCAGAAGUUAGAAAAGAGUGAGAAACUAGACAGACAAACCCAAAAAAGAAGAAGAGCAGUAGAGGAGGAGAGAGAAACAGAAAAGGAGAGAUCAGCACGACGAAAUUGUCAAACAGGACUUGAAGUAGGAAGGAGAGAGAGACAAAACAAAAGGCUGUAAUUACACGUACAUAUUUUGAAGGGAGAAAGUGUGUGAUUCUUGUCUCUGGCAUUAAUGGCGGAGGGGCAAAAACCGCGAAAGCAUAGCGAGGACAGCGUGAAGCUAUUUGUAGGUCAAGUGCCGAAGCACAUGACGGAAGCGCAGCUUAUGGCAAUGUUCGAAGAGUUUGCUAUUGUCGACGAAGUCAACAUCAUCAAAGACAAAACCACGCGAGCUUCUCGAGGGUGUUGUUUUGUAAUAUGUCCAUCGAGGGAAGAAGCAGACAAGGCAGUAACUGCUUGCCAUAACAAGAAGACUUUACCCGGGGCAUCUAGUCCAUUGCAAGUGAAGUAUGCUGAUGGCGAGUUGGAAAGGCUAGAGCAUAAACUAUUUGUUGGCAUGCUCCCAAAGAAUGUUACUGAUGCUGAAGUCUCUGAUUUAUUUUCACAAUAUGGAAGUAUCAAAGACUUGCAAAUUCUUAGGGGUUCUCAGCAAACAAGUAAAGGAUGUGCUUUUCUAAAAUAUGAAACAAAAGAACAAGCGCUUUCAGCCAUUGAGGCCCUCAAUGGGAAGCAUAAGAUGGAGGGUUCGUCUGUACCUUUGGUAGUCAAGUGGGCUGAUACAGAAAAAGAAAGACAAGCUCGGAGGGCUCAGAAAGCUUUGUCACAGGCUUCUAGUGUGCCAAAUGCUGAAUCAAGACAGCAUCCAUCUCUGUUUGGUGCUUUACCAAUGGGUUAUAUGCCACCAUACAAUGGCUAUGGAUAUCAGGCUUCCGGGACUUAUGGACUCAUGCAGUAUCGCCUGCCACCGGUACAAAACCAGCAUGCUUUCCCAAAUAUGAUCCCUUCUGUGAACCAAGGAAGUGCCUUGCGUGGAGUAGUCCCUGAUGUUUCUCCUGGAUUGGGCCCAAGAAAUUAUACCAUGUCACCUGCAAAUUAUGUAGGAUCCACUUAUGGGGUUCAGUAUCCUAUGGCAUAUCCUGGAGGAAUUAUGAGUGGCAGGCCUUUGAGUGGUUCUUCUGGUUCUGCACCACCUGCCAAUUCAAAUAGCCCUUCUGCAGCAUCUUCAAGUGUCAGUACCAGUUCUGGGAAUCAAGUUGAAGGUCCACCUGGUGCUAAUUUGUUUAUUUACCACAUUCCUCAAGAAUUUGGUGAUCAAGAGCUUGCAAAAGCCUUUCAAGCAUUUGGUACAGUCUUGAGUGCAAAAGUUUUUGUUGACAAGGCAACUGGUGUCAGCAAAUGCUUUGGAUUUGUCAGUUAUGACUCACCAGGAGCUGCACAAUCUGCUAUUAACAUGAUGAACGGUUACCAAUUAGGAGGUAAAAAGUUGAAGGUUCAACUCAAACGAGAUAAUAAACAAAGUAAGCCUUACUGAUGUUCAGGUAAGCUUUGGAAGGAUGCAGAAUUUUCUACCACAAAUAGCUGCGUUGCAAGUCUGGUUCAAAAUCAGCUGUUGAGGGUGGAUCUGAGACAAUCUCUGGAUUUAUGUGCUACCCCAUCCCGAUUGUAGUUGCCUUUUGUGGGUGGAAGUCCCAAAAACUUGUAAAAUUGUCAAUUAAUUCUGUGCCAUUGCAAUUUGUAAUUUAUUUUACAUGGAAUAUCAUUUGGACAUUGAUGAUUAAUUUAUUGAUUCUUCUCCAA